AUGGCCCGGGAGAAUGGGGAGAGCAGCUCCUCCUGGAAAAAGCAAGCCGAGGACAUCAAGAAGAUUUUCGAGUUCAAGGAGACCCUGGGAACUGGUGCAUUUUCUGAAGUGGUUUUAGCUGAAGAGAAAGCAACUGGAAAACUUUUUGCAGUGAAAUGUAUCCCGAAGAAGGCACUAAAAGGCAAAGAAAGCAGCAUAGAGAAUGAAAUUGCUGUUCUGAGAAAAAUUAAACAUGAAAAUAUUGUUGCUCUGGAAGAUAUUUACGAAAGUCCAAACCACUUAUACUUGGUUAUGCAACUUGUAUCUGGCGGAGAGCUUUUUGAUCGAAUAGUGGAGAAAGGAUUUUACACCGAAAAAGAUGCCAGUACGCUAAUCCGCCAGGUUUUGGAUGCCGUCUACUAUCUCCACAGGAUGGGUAUCGUACAUAGGGACCUCAAGCCUGAAAACCUUUUGUACUACAGCCAGGAUGAGGAGUCCAAAAUCAUGAUCAGUGACUUUGGGUUGUCCAAAAUGGAAGGUAAAGGAGAUGUCAUGUCUACAGCAUGUGGCACUCCAGGAUAUGUAGCUCCAGAAGUCCUUGCACAGAAACCUUAUAGUAAAGCAGUUGACUGCUGGUCCAUCGGCGUGAUUGCCUAUAUAUUGCUCUGUGGUUAUCCUCCCUUCUAUGAUGAAAAUGACUCCAAACUUUUUGAGCAGAUUCUCAAGGCGGAAUAUGAAUUUGACUCCCCUUAUUGGGAUGACAUCUCAGAUUCUGCUAAAGAUUUCAUUCGGAAUUUGAUGGAGAAAGAUCCCAAUAAAAGAUAUACGUGUGAGCAGGCAGCUCGGCACCCUUGGAUUGCUGGUGAUACAGCCCUUUGCAAAAAUAUCCAUGAAUCUGUCAGUGCCCAGAUCCGGAAGAACUUUGCAAAAAGCAAAUGGAGACAAGCAUUCAAUGCUACGGCCGUCGUGAGGCACAUGAGAAAACUGCAUCUCGGCAGCAGCCUAGACAGUUCCAACUCAAGUGUGUCAAGCAGCCUCAGCCUGGCCAGCCAACUCCCUGACGGGACAACCCGAAAAGAUUGCCUGGCAUCCUCCACACUCUGUAGUUUUAUUUCCUCCUCUUCGGGUGUCUCUGCAGUAGGAGCUGAGCGGAGACCGAGGCCAACCACUGUGACCACAGUCCACACUGGCAGCAAGUGA